UUUUAGUUUGUCAUAUAGAAAGCAUUUAAGAUUUAUAAUAAUAAGUGGAAAGAGGAAAAACAUUAGUAAUAGUAUCUGAUAAUUUCUUUAGACAACCUGGCGAAUUUACGUCUCCACAUGCACCAUGAGCACCAACUCUUCCCCCUCUGCAUCCGAGCAGCUCUGCUACCAGAACAUGACCGGAUCCUGCGCGAAAGCCCCCUACUCGCCCGGACCCCGGCUCAUUCUCUACACACUGUUCAGCUUGGGGGCUGUGCUGGCCGUUUUUGGAAACCUCCUGGUGGUGAUUUCAAUCCUGCAUUUCAAGCAGCUGCACUCGCCAACCAAUUUUCUCAUCGCCUCUCUGGCCUGUGCUGACUUUCUGGUGGGGGUGACCGUCAUGCCCUUCAGCAUGGUCAGGUCUGUGGAGGGCUGCUGGUACUUUGGGCCGAGUUUCUGUACCUUCCACACGUGCUGUGAUGUGGCAUUUUGUUAUUCUUCCCUCUUCCACCUGUGCUUCAUCUCCAUCGACAGGUACAUUGCUGUUACUGAGCCUCUGGUCUAUCCUACCAAGUUCACGGUGUCCGUGUCGGGGACAUGCAUCGGCAUCUCCUGGAUCCUGCCCCUUGUAUACAGUGGUGCUGUGUUCUACACAGGUGCCUAUGAUGAUGGGCUGGAGGAAUUAUCUCGUGCCGUCAACUGCGUAGGAGGUUGUCAGACCGUUGUAAAUCAAAACUGGGUGUUGAUAGAUUUUCUAUCCUUCUUUAUACCUACCCUCGUUAUGAUAAUUCUCUAUAGCAAUAUUUUUCUUGUGGCUAGACAACAGGCUAAAAAGAUUGAAGAUACUGGGGGCAAAAUAGAAUUGUCAUCAGCUAGUUACAAAUCCAGAGUGGCCAAGAGAGAACGAAAAGCAGCAAAAACCCUGGGUAUCACUGUGGUAGCAUUUAUGAUUUCAUGGUUACCGUACAGUAUUGACUCAUUAAUUGAUGCUUAUAUGGGCUUCAUAACCCCUGCCUACAUCUAUGAGAUUUGCUGUUGGUGUGCUUAUUAUAAUUCAGCCAUGAACCCUUUGAUUUAUGCUUUAUUUUACCCGUGGUUCAGGAAGGCCUUAAAAAUUAUCAUGAGUGGUUGGGUUUUCGAGGACAGUUCACCCACCAUGAAUUUGUUCUCUGAACAAAUGUAA